UUGUUUUACCUUAACAGGAUAUGUGAAGUCUGUAAGGUUUACGAAGAGACAAACUUCAGUCCAAGAUACGCUUACCUCUACCUCACCGUAAUUAAUAACAUCUCUCAAAUCUGGGCACUCUACUGUUUAGUGCUCUUCUAUCAAUGUACACGAGCCGAGUUGAAGGAGAUGAAGCCGAUUUCAAAAUUCAUUUGUGUCAAGUUUGUUGUUUUCAUGUCAUUUUGGCAAUCCGUCUUGAUUUCAAUUCUCGCUGCCUCUGGAGUGAUACGUCGUGUGGAGGCAUGGAAACUGGAAGAUGAACGAUCUAUUUGCAUUGCAUUUCAGAACUUUGCGGUAUGUAUUGAGAUGUUCAUCGCAGCAGUGGGGCAUCAUUUCGCCUUUACUGCGGCACCCUAUCAGGACGCCAGCGCACCUCGCACGCCAUGCUGCUACUCGUGGUGGUCGAUGCUCGACGUCUCCGAUGUCAAACGCGACGUCGUCCAGCACGUUCGACACGUUGGUAAGUUGCCAAUCUCAACUGCAUUACUGCCUCAUACAACCAAAUUUGACAGUAUUUCUCUUCGUGUCCCAUUGGCUGUCUUUUUUCAUAACCAAGCGAUGUUCUUCUGA